AUUCACUGCGUGUCUUAGCUAAAAUGGCUGCGCCCAUCAAAAACGUUUUUUCUUUGCUUCUACGAAGAAAUUUUGGCAAUAGCAGUAUUAAUAGCCGUUUAAGUUUUAUUGCAAGUUCUGAAUCACGAAUUAUUGGAAAUCCUUACUGUCUACAUAACUUAAAGAAUGUUAACUUCUCACAAAAACGCGCAGCAACUUUCUUUAAUAAAAUUGAUGCCGAAAACCUAUGGAAGGGUGUUGUAAGUGUGAGUGCUGCCGGGAAAAAAAGAGGAAGAGGAAAACGUGUUGGUAGAAAAAAAGUUACAGACUUAAACAGAGGGCAAGUUAUGGGAGUUGGCAAAGCAAAUAUUGAAUGGCCUGGUCUUAAUUCUCCGAUCAUGAAGGGAAAGGAGGUUUUAAGAAGGAAACAGCUACCUCCAAAUCCUGAUUACGCAGCAGAAAUCAUUCGUCUUCGAGAUUCUAUGAGUAGAAUAAGACAUCCUGGACUUUCGCCUUUACUUCGAGGCUUUAGUGGUAACCGAUUUCCAGGACAGUCUGUCGGGCCUCCGGAUCCCAUAGGAGAUUAUUCUUUUGAAGGGUUUGACACAAUUGUUUUAGAGUUCAAACUUGUAGCUAAUAUGACUGGCACACUCGGAAGAAAGCAAAGAUUUUCUGCUUUCGUUGUCACGGGAAAUAAAAAUGGUCUAGCAGGAUUUGGAUUAGGUAAAUCUGUUAAAGGAAAAUCGGCCAUUCGAAUUGCGAAAAACAGGGCAGCUCUUCAGCUGCGUUAUAUUAAUAGAUUUGAAAAUCACACUGUGUUUCAUAACAUGUUUGAACAAAAUAAAAGCAGCAAGCUAUACAUAUACAAGAAAGAGAAAGGCCAUGGACUGAAGUGUCAUCGCGUCAUUUCCAAAAUUUGCAACUUAAUCGGUAUUACCGAUUUACAUUGUAAAGUAGAAGGAAGCAGUGCAAAUGUUCAAGCAAUAACGACAGCAUUUUUUAAUGCUUUACAAAAGCAAGAAACCCAUCAACAACUGGCUGACAGAAUGAAUUAUCAUUUGGUUGAGCAACGAGCGGAACAUGAUUGGCUGCCCAGGGUGGUUGCUUCACCAUCUCAUAAUUCAGUGCAAGAGAAAUCUUAUCGAAAUGAAGAAGAUAUUGACGGUUCUUUCGAACGUAUUUAUUUCGAUGGAAAAGUUCACUAUCAACCUCAGAAGAGAAGUCCUUUUUGGACAAAAUUAAAAACAUGGGAAAAGAAAUGCAAGAAUGUUGCUUAUCAAAGAAACCAACCGAAGGCUCAAAUAUUGCGAGAAGCAGGAUUGGCUUAA